AUGUAUGUUGUAACAGGGUAUGCGUUGACAAGCACUGUUAGUCGUAAGAAAAGACGACGAGGUUGUACUCGAACUGGUUGCAAGGCUAAACUUGCGAUAUUGAAGGUGAAAGACAAGAAUAAGUACAUAGUUGUAGGAUUCAAUGAGGUCUAUAGUGCAGAUAUGAGCAAAGUUAAUAUUCCGGUACAUAAACCAUUAAGCCUUCUUGAGGUGCAAGUAGGGGGAUUAGAAAAUGUUGGGUUUGUUAAGAGAGAUGUCUAUAAUUAUCUAAGGGACGUGCGUGGAGAGGUGAUUGGCUAUGAUGCAGAGCUGCUUAAGGAGCAUUUUAUGGCUAUGCAGGAAAAGAGUGAAUCCUUUUAUUUUAAUAUGGAGGUAGAUUCGGAAGGAAGGAUGGGUAAUAUUUUCUGGUCAGAUGCAAGGUCAAGACGAGCUUAUGGGUUUUUUGGAGAUGUGGUGGUAUUUGAUACGACGUUCAACACGAACUGCUAUGAGAUCGGAACCACGGAUUCAUUUGUAUGGUUGUUAGAGGAAUUCAAGAAAGCCAUGCCAGGUGAGCCACCCAAAAUGAUCAUCACUGAUAAAGAUGCAGCCAUGUCAAAGGCAAUUGCUGGUAUGGACAAGAAAGAAGAAUUUGAUGCGAAAUGGGAGGAAAUCAUCACAAACAAUGGGCUGCAAGACCAUGCUUGGCUGAGCUCAAUUCAUGCUAUGCGGGAGAAUUGGGUUCCAUCAUAUGUAAAACAUGUGUUUUCCGCCUGGGAUGUCAAGUAG